CGAUCUACAAACAAAUCCGUUCCUAAUUGGUCGACUUUCUAAUAGUCUAGACUACCUAGAGUCAAGACCCUCAAUACCUAGACGUUAACAUCAAAACCACCGAUAUCAGUCAUUAAGCAGUAGUUAGCUGUAGUAUCUCGGUUUCUAAAUCGUAAUUGAGGUUAAGCCCAAGUCUCGCCUUCAGACAAUUCGCUUUACCCUUCCACGAUGGCAAUCGACGAAAUCGUGACAGAUGCGAAUCUAUCAACCGUGCUCGAUGCUUCCCGCGAUACUCGAGUACAGGCGUUGAGACUCGUUGAUCAAAUCGCGGCAGCUGGGCCUAUCGAAAGCGCAUCUCCAGAGGCCCAACUGGAGACCUCUAAGCAACAGAAGCUCCUAAUCACCAACCUUGCGCAAUUGCGUGGCCUUCACCGAUCGGCCUACUUUGGUGCCCGCCAGACCAAAUCGCAGACGUCCGAAGCGCGUCAGGAAGUUGACCGUCUGCAUCUACAACUUCAAAAUCUAUACUACGAGCAGAGACAUCUACAAGGGGAGAUCGCGGCUUGCGAGUCAUAUGACCAUACUUACCAAAAGCUUCCUCUGAUACCUCUUGAAGAGUUCCUCGCAUUGAAGCCCGACCAUAUCGACGAUGACGAAAACGCACUGAUGAUUGCACGAAUCGAGCACGAACGCAGCGAGCGCGAGGCUCUAGAGCAGAAACGAAUGGAAUUGCUGAAGCGGAAACAGAAGCUCAUCGCCGACAAUAAGAAGAGAAAGGAUGAUCUCGCGAAUCUUGAUAAAGAACUUGAAAAGUUCAUUGACGCUGCCAAACCAAUCCAGAAAUUAUUCGAUAAGAAUGUUUAACCCUCUGGGCUUAAUGAUGGAGCUUUUGUGUACAAAAGCUCUUGCGGCAUCGAACUAUCGCAAAUUCACCGUCAUAACCCGUCUCAUGAUUUCCCCCUAUAUUAAUAAAGCCAGACGGUCAUACAAGCUGUUACGGAGCAAUAUUCGGGAUAUCUCAUAUGAAAACGGACAUAUAUCCUCAGCCACGGAACGAGAUCAUGAGACCCCCUUUAUGACCCCCUUUAUUAUCAACUACAUAACUCCGUCAGAGGCGGUCAAUCACCCCACGUGUAAAUUAUGUUGCGUUAGAAAAGAGCACUUU